UUUGCAAUCAUGGGAGAUGUGACCGCACCAUUCAAUCUCAAUCAUCUCUCACUCGCUCUGCCUACCCGAGUCACUUUCGCUGAGAGAGAUCUCUUUAACUAAAAGUGUUCCUUGAGAAUGUGUCUAUUUUAAGGAAGUCUCUGCACCAGACAUCUCGCGCUGUCGUUUGGCAGAUGUUAAACGACGAUGUGUAAACAGUGGGCACUUUGUGUUGUCUCGCGCGAGAUCUGAAUCAAGCUGCUUAUUUUCACCUGAUCGCGCUUCACGGGCUUCUUAGAGAUGAAGAGGAGAGACAAGCUGAAAAUCCCCUCCCUCACUUUGGAUUUGUCACCCAGCCAGAGUCCCAUCAUCCUGAGUCCAUGCAGUCCUGGCAGCCCCUGCAGUCCUUUACAAUCCCUUCACCCCUGGAGCUGUCGCAGCAGUAAUAGAAAGAGCCUUGGGGUUGGAACGCCGUCGCCCACCCGCCCGCUUUCACCUCUGUCCGCCCACACAGCUGCCAGCAGCCCUCUGGACAGCCCACGAAAUGUGUCCACUGCUAUGUGCUCUCUCAACUUCCCUUUCGCCCGCAGCCACCUGGCUCGAGCUGACAGAGCGGAAGGGAGACGGUGGUCUCUGGCUUCACUUCCAUCCUCAGGUUACGGGACCAACCCUCCCAGCUCAACCGUCUCAUCAUCAUCUUCAUCACAGGAACGACUGCACCAGCUUCCAUACCAACCCACACAGGACGAGCUUCAUUUCCUGUUCAAACACUUCCGAAGUUCGGAGAGCAUGACUGAUGAAGAUGGGCGGCCCUCACCGUUUAUUCGACCCCGGUCACGUAGCCUUAGCCCUGGACGAACUGGCGGCUCUUUUGAUAAUGAAAUUAUAAUGAUGAACCAUGUCUAUAAGGAGCGUUUUCCAAGGGCCACCGCUCAGAUGGAAGAGCGUUUGCUGGAGGUCAUCAGGCAGUUUUCUCCCGACAGCACCCUACCGUUGGGAGACGGCGUCCUGGGAUUUAUCCAGCACCAGUUGGUGGAGUUGGCCAGGGACUGUCUGGAUAAAUCCCAGAAGGGCCUGAUCACAUCCCUGUACUUCAUAGAGCUGCAGGAUAAACUGGAAAAAAUGCUGCAUGAGGCUCUGGAGCGCUCUGAGAGUGAGGAGGUUUCAGUGAUCACGCAGCUGGUGAAGAAGAUCCUCAUCAUCAUAUCACGGCCGGCACGACUGCUGGAGUGUCUGGAGUUUGACCCUGAGGAGUUUUACCAUCUACUAGAGGCUGCAGAAGGCCACGCCAAAGCCGGCCAGGGCAUCAAAACGGAUAUUCCCCGCUAUAUAAUCAACCAACUUGGACUUAACCGUGAUCCCCUUGAUGAAGUGGUGCAGCUCGAGGAGCAGUAUGACUCUGGCCCCACCCUGACAGUCGAUUCGGAAGAAUCCGCUGAACAGAAUAAAUCUUUACCCGCACCACUGCGAAGAAAACCCUUGGAGAGUGAUUUUGAGACUAUAAAACUCAUCAGUAAUGGGGCUUAUGGGGCUGUGUAUCUGGUGAGGCAUAAAGAAACUCGGCAACGUUUUGCGAUGAAAAAGAUCAACCGACAAAACCUGAUUCUGCGGAACCAGAUCCAGCAGGUGUUUGUGGAGCGAGACAUCCUGACGUUUGCAGAGAAUCCCUUCGUGGUCAGCAUGUUCUGCUCCUUCGAGACCCGCAGACAUCUGUGCAUGGUCAUGGAGUACGUGGAAGGUGGCGACUGUGCCACUCUGCUGAAGAACAUGGGCCCACUUCCUGUGGAUAUGACCAGGAUGUACUUUGCGGAGACGGUUCUGGCGCUGGAGUACCUGCACAGUUACGGCAUCGUGCACCGAGAUCUCAAACCAGACAACCUCUUGAUUACUUCAAUGGGACAUAUUAAACUCACUGACUUCGGGCUCUCCAAAAUCGGCCUCAUGAACAUGACAACCAAUCUGUACGAGGGCCACAUUGAGAAAGACACUCGGGAGUUUAUCGAUAAGCAGGUUUGUGGCACCCCGGAGUACAUUGCUCCUGAAGUGAUCUUGCGGCAGGGCUACGGGAAGCCUGUCGACUGGUGGGCCAUGGGCAUCAUCCUGUACGAGUUUCUGGUGGGAUGUGUGCCGUUCUUCGGAGACACCACGGAAGAGCUUUUUGGACAGGUUGUGAGUGAUGAGAUUAUCUGGCCAGAUGGAGAUGAUGCUCUUCCUGUAGACACCCAGGACUUGAUCACACGAUUACUGAACCAAAACCCACAGGAGAGGCUUGGAAGAGGAGGGGCUUCAGAAGUCAAGCAGCAUCUGUUCUUCAGCGCUCUGGACUGGAACGGACUCCUGCGUCUGAAAGCUGAAUUCAUCCCUCAGCUGGAGGCUGAAGACGACACUAGUUAUUUUGACACUCGAUCUGAACGCUACCAUCAUUUAGCCUCUGAUGAGGAUGAUGAAACUAAUGAUGAAGAGUCUUCCUUAGAAAUACGACGGUUUUCCUCUUGGUCAAAUCGUUUCAGCAAGGUGUACAGCAGCACAGAGCACCUGGCGACCCCAUCCAACCUGAGUUUCUCCUCGGAUCGCAGUCACAGUGAAGAGAUGGAGGACGGGAGGGACACUCACUCACAUGGAGAGAUCCAGAGGCAGGCCUCCACUGGAGACAAGAGACUCUCGGCUCAGAGGGCAAGUCUGCGCCCUCGCACUUCUUCCAGCUCCUCUCAGCCUGAGCGAGCUGUGAGCCCCCUGGUGGUGAGCAGCACACACAGCCUGGAGGCCAUGCCACGAUUCGCCCUCUCCACAGACGAUGAGGCUGAAGUUGUGGUAUCCAACCUGCGACGAAUCAGACUACGUAGCAACAGCACUGGAACGAAACACUCGUCACCAAGGGAACAAGGGAGUCCUCAGUGCUUUGGAAACCAGCUGGAGACGCCCGACAGACAGCGACUCUCGCCGGGGCGCAAAGUCCCCAAAUCUGCCUCGGUGUCCACCCUCUCGCUCAUCAUCACUCCAGAUGACGGGAGUGGCAGCCUGCAGGCGCACUCCAUUUCCCCUCGGUCAUUUUCCUCUAAUCCAUCAUCCCGAGACUCCUCCCCCAAUAGAGACCUGUCACUCAGCAUCAGUAGGCUCCGCCCCCCAAUCAUCAUCCACAGCUCUGGGAAGAAAUACGGCUUCACCCUGCAGACCAUUCGAGUGUACAUGGGGACCAGCGACAUCUACACCAUACACCACAUGGUCUCGGGCGUGGAGGAGAGCAGCCCUGCCCACGAGGCUGGACUGCGAGCAGGUGAUCUGAUCACUCAUGUGAACGGAGAGUCUGUGCAGGGUCUAGUGCACACAGAGAUGAUGGAGCUGCUUUUGAAGAGCGGUAACCAGGUGACCCUGCAGACUAUCGCACUGGAGGACACGUCUAUAAAGAUUGGGCCGGCACGCAAGCGCAGCUGUAAAGGAAAGAUGGCCCGCCGCUGUAAGAGGAGCAAAUGGAAGGACAGUCAGGACCGGAGGCGUAGCAUGCUGAAGAAGCUGUCCAAACAGAGCACCGUCAUGCACAGCAGCCGCAGUUUCUCCUCCGGUCUGCAUCACUCUGUGUCCUCCAGCGAGAGUCUGCCAGGCUCUCCCACCCACAGCCUGUCCUCCGGCCCCACAACACCCUGCCGGAGCCCCGUUUCAGACCACACCGCUGACGCCAGCCUGCCCCAGAACGCCUCUCCGUGCUCCAGCUCUCCGAGUUCACCGGCUGUCCAGAUGCGGCCCAGCUCUCUGCACGGCCUCAGCUCUAAACUUAGCAACCAGCGUUUCACUAAAGUGGGGAGACGGAAGUCCACCAGCAGUAUCCCGCCCUCGCCUCUGGCCUGCACCUCCUCGCCACAGGCCCUGUCCCCUCAGCGCUCCCCCUCUCCCUUACCCAGCAUCUCCAAAACCCUCCACUCCUUCCACGGCAAGACCCUCUCACCCCCCACCAUUAUUCGGCACGUGGUCCGACCCCGGAGUGCAGAACCUCCACGUUCCCCUCUGCUGAAGAGAGUCCAGUCUGCAGAGAAACUCUCAGGGGCUUUGUUUGCGGACAAAAAGCCCCACGCAGCCCGCAGACACACACUGGAGGUCCCGCACUGUGAGCUGGACGUCCUGGGAGACGCAGAGGCGGAGGGGGCCUGUGGUGCGACUUAUACAGCGGAUCACAGCAGGCUGGGCGGGUACCUGUGUGCCCAGAGACUGAGGGACUGGCCCGGGGAGCGCAUGGAUCAGAUCGUCGUAAUGCGCAAGCUGAAUCUCUCCGAACGUCGAGAUUCCUUCAAGAAGCAAGAAGCUGUGCAGGAAGUGAGCUUCGACGAGCCUGAUGACAGGGCACCUCAGAUACCCGCUCAAUCGGCCAUAUCCGCUGGCGCAUGGCCCAAGCAGAUGAUGGGCGAGACGCAGUCAGAGGAGGAGUGCGUGGCGAGGAGGAAUCCGCUGGUUCCCCAGAUCGCCGUGCAGGGAUCAGAGAGCGAGGAAGCAGACGACUGGAGGCUUUGCUCAGAUGAAGAUGAGGAAGAGGCUGAGGAAAACGUGUCUCAGAAUCAGGGUGAACCUCGGGCCGACACAGACGGCCCACUCUCCGUAUCAGCUGCACACAAAGCCGCUGAGACAAUCGCAGAUGCAGCGAAGCCGGAAAAGCAUCAGAGUCCGGAAAAAAGCAAACUGAAAGAGAGAUAAACGACUGAAGACUGUUACAUAUCCACAGGCUUCUCAACCCAACCGCUGAGAUGUUUGUUGCCACGCAGAAUUCAAACAAAUAUCGAGUGGAGUAUUUUAUUAGCGUGUAAAUGGAAUUAAGCUAGUCUAAUGCAGGGAAUAUUUAUGCUUUUUUAUUUAUCAUUUACACUGGAGAUGUAUUGUUGGCCAAAAAGAGAACUUAACGGUUGCUAGUACAUUUUUCUCACCUUCUGUGAACCUGUUGAGGGAAAUUGAAUGAUUUGAUUUUUCUAUGAAAAUGUGCAAAUGCUUUCGGAUCCAUUUCAUCCUCCGAGCUUUUCAUUUUUGCACCGACUUUGUGUGCGAUUUUAAAAGCUACGAGUUCGAAUGAUAUUUAAAUGGAAUUGUCAUGUGGGCCGUUUCAUGUAUUAUUUCACAAUCUCAAAUGGUUUCCAGAGUGUUUGAAAUGAUAUGUGCGAAGGGGAAAAAAGACUUGCUGAACAUUUGGGCUUCAACU